UGUGUUGUUGUGUUGGGGCCACUCCUCGAAAUUCUCUUCAUGCUAUCCUCAUUGAACCUAUGUGCCCAAUUUCCCGUUCAUCCGAGGUCUUGCUGACUUCCAAUGCCAUUUCUUUGUGUGCUCGCUUGAUGUCUGAUGGCUGCAUCUGACCUCUUGACUUGAUUUAGAUGAGUGUGUGACAUUGAGAAGCUUUCGAUUUGGCCAGUGACCAGCUGGAGCCAUGGGUACACAACCCUCGUCGUCACCGUCGGUGCGUUCGAGCAUCGACUUCUCUCGGUUCCAUGUGGACAUUGAUGCCUAUAUCAAUCCUUUCCUUCGGCCUCCACCAUGGCGCUGGCUGCCACGGCCCGUCUCCCACUUUUUCGGAUAUCGGGAGACCCCCCCGAAACCCCUGGGUAAUCUCGUUGUUGCCUUCUGGGCGUUGAUCGGGGUCUUCUGCGGUGUUCUCAUCGUAGCCGAAGUAUCCGAGCAUGUCCCUCUGUUCGAAGCCCACCAUGCCCCUAUCGUGGUGGCCAGUUUCGGUGCUGCGGCUGUCCUGGAGUUCUCUGCCAUAGAAUCGCCCUUCGCCCAGCCACGAAACGCAGUCCUGAGUCAGCUGAUUGCGAGUACCACGGGGGUCAUCAUUGGAAAGCUGUUCGCCCUGAACGAGCAUGCUCACCACGUGCCCCAGAUCGGAGGUGCUCUCGCCUGCGCCAUUACCACCGCCAUCAUGACCCUCACAAACACGGUUCACCCACCGGCCGGUGCGACAGCCCUUCUCGCUGUCACACAGUCCUAUGACGUGGGCUGGUGCCUGAUUCUCAUCAUGCUGCUGGGGUGUGUGCUCAUGCAGGCGGUGGCCCUGCUCAUCAACAAUAUCCAACGUCGUUUCCCUAUCUAUUGGUGGACGGCGCAGUCGUUGGAGCGACCCAAACCCGACGAUACCGAAAGCGCCUGGCGCGUCAAGGAAUCAAGCAUCGACAGCAUUCUCACCCACGACAAUGACACCUUAUCGGGGACGGUGCAGAUCAUCAUCAAGGAGGGCCGCGUGGUGGUGCCGGAUCACAUAACCGUCACGGAGGAGGAGAUGUCUGUUUUGAGGAGCCUUUGCGAGCGACUAUAAUCAUUCAUGUGAUAGGGGUUAGCUAAGUUGCAUCGCAGCAAGCCUGACUUUCCGAAUAUAACGACCUGCAUUCGGUGCGCGGCAUCGAGGUUGAUUCAGCUGUAGAUGAGGUUAGAAGUAGGUUGGUGGUGGUGGUUGCCAGUGCUCAUGCCUCCAGACACCAGGCUA